AACCGCGCUUCUCAUGUUUUCAUCUCCCUGCUCUCAGCCCCUGACGGCAGCACCAUGAGUAAGUCCGGCACGCUGAAGGGCUUAUUCAGGCAAAGAUCCGGCGACAAAGAGAAGAAGGAGCUGAGGCGCGCCGCGACCAUCCACCAGGAUAACCCGAGCACCUUGCAGGGGGACCCGGAGCCCCUCAGCCCCGGGAAGUCGCCCUACGAAGAUGGGAUACUCCGCUCUCCGAAAGACAAGAGGUCAAAGCGGUUCCUCUCAUUAAGGCUCAAGAGGAUUAAACGAAAGAAAGAAGAUGACGGAGGAGAGGUGUUUGAGGAACUGGACAGCUUCAGCAGCCGAAUGAGCUAUGACCAGAUGAGCGUUUCAACAGAGUGCGGUUUCCAGCCAGGAUCGGACUGGGACUCUCAUUCCGACUACCGCUCUGUGAUGGACUUAGAUAUGAACCAGCCGUCCAGCCCCAUGUCUCCUUCCAAAGUCAAGGGGGAAAAAAGGGGAGUGUUUGGUCGAAUCUCAAGCUUCUUCAACAAAAAGAAAGGCAGCAGCAGCAGCCGAAAUCAGUCAAACACAAGCGUACCAUCAUCUCCCGUCUCUCCCCAUUCCCCUGUAUCCCACCUAGAGGAUGGGUUGAGGCUUCAGAGCAAUUCUCGGACGGGGUCAUCUCAUGCCUCCCCUAAAGCCGAGUGCGACGACUCGCUCAGUGAUAGCUCCGGCCCCAGCGUGUCCUCUCUGACCGUGGAGCCAGAUCUCCCGUUCGCGGACAGCGGAAGCAGCGGCAGGAGCAGCGUGAGGGAGGUGCGUGUGUCCAGGGUCAGCACGGCUGGAGGUCAGAAGACUUCCGGCAACGGGACGCCCACCGGUGCAGAGCUUCCGUCGGCCACUUGCCUAAGCUCGGGCACAGAUCAAGGCUUCGCAGAAUCAGUGGUGGAGGAAGUUAGCAAGAGGUUGCACGUUAAUUUGGACGACAGAAUCCAGAGCCCCGGCGAGGAGAACAUCGUCACCCCAACAACCCCGAUGUCAGUCAAAUCCCCUCUUUCCUCAACAGCAGACACGCCAAAGUCUCCCAACUUAACCUCCAUAAGCAUAGCAUCAAACAAAACCGUGGUGAAAGUUGGGGAGAAGGGCCACAGCACCGUGUUAAGAGGAAUAACUUUAAGCUCUCAGUCGGCCACGUCUCAUACCCCUGCCAAUCAGCAAAAAACACAUGCUGAAGAUGAACAGAAGGACAGUUCCGCAGUCAGGAUGUCCUCCGGCAGCGUGUCUGAGCAAACUGCGGGCCCUGCAUGGAGCCCUCCGCCUGAGAGAGAGCAAACAGCCAGAGGGGAUUCUCCUAUCCAGCUCCAUAAAGCCAUUUGGGUGGAAACCUACCUGGGAGACGAGCAGGAGGGGGAGGGAGAGACGGAUGUAAUGAAACAAGAGGAGGGCUUUGGUGAGGACUCGCCUCUCGUGCUGGCCAUACCUGUAACAGUAAUAGCUGAGGAUGAAGAGGUAACCGAGGAAGAAAUCCCCCCUACCCCGCCGGAGAGCCUGCUAUCCAGUGGCAGCUUGCCAGGGUUCGACAUCUCCGUGGCAGCGACUCCAGAGGAGUUUCAAACAACCUUGCAGGAGCCAAAAGAGCCCGACACCAGCCCGACCCCAGAACCCGAGUCAUUUAAAGAGAAAGCGAGAGAAAUCAGUGUGACUCGCAAGACUGUGAGUCUGCCAUCGAAGAGCGACGUCUUUCCCGCAAAGGUCUUCAUCCAGCCGGAGCCGAGUUUGACAAGUGACAAAGGAGUUUUAACUUCUGAGACCCCGAGCGCAGCAGACCUGAGCGGAUUGACAAGCCUCUCUAAAGACAAUGAAGCUGAAGUACCACCAACAACAACAGAGAGCCCCUCACAGUUCAACACUAACAACACUCCUGAAACCAUAGUUAAAGAAGAAACCGAGAGUCCUGCCUUUGGAGAUACAGCUGAAGCUUCAGACAUGAGCAAACCUAAAUUACCAGAUGGAAGUAGUACCAUGGCUUCUGCUAAACAAGAAGCUAAAGGACCAGCAGACAACCAGCACACUUCCACAGUGAGUGGAACAAAGAUCACAUCUGCUGCUGGGUUCAAAGUGAAGACUGUCACAAGAAAGAUCACUGCAGGCACAAAGACGGAAACUCGCAGCGAUCAUCCACCUCUUAAGGAGCGUAGCACUGAGAAACGCACGUCUGUGCUUCCAGUGUUGAAAGAUCAAAGCAGCAGUGGUCACGCAAAGUCUAAAAUUCCCAAAGUUUCAACAUCAGAAACUGAUGUAAAAUCUCCAGUAACACCUGAUAAAAUAUCAGAGCCCGAUGACUCGCCGUCAGCAGUCAUUUCCAAACUGCCAAAGCAAACCAGACCCAAAGAAUCUGUAAAAUCUCCUACCAAGCAAAUCCGAAAACCAAGUUUUGAAGAAGUCAAAAGCGGGAGAUCGACAUCAGGAAAUAUCUCUCCCACAAAAUCUACGUACAAGACAGGGACCAAGGUCACCAAAGAAAAGCCAGACGAAGAGUAUGUAGACUUUGUAAACGGCAUAGAGAAGGAGACAGAGCAGAGGAGUGGUAAAAAGGGAUACCAUCCUGACAGGGAACCCCUGCAGCAGAGCAGUUCUUUUCCGGCACCAAAGAGUAAGUUACCAGUUUCAUCUCCGACAAGAAAAACAAAUAUCAGUGUAACGCUGACAAACAGCCAAGGAUUUAAAAAUCAGGUGACUGAUCAGACUAACUUAGACAAAGGUGAAACAGCCCAGAAACAGAGCCCAGAGCAGCAGGAAGUAACCCCCACUGAUGAGAAGCCUGAAAACGAAACACUGACGCCGCAGCCUGGAAUCUCCAAAAAAGGAACAGGAAGCGUGCCAUUAUCAAAGCCACCCAAACACCUCUCUAAAAGAAGCGUGAGUCAUGAAGAGGGAGACCCAGUCAGUCUUUCUCCUCCUCCCAUCAAACAAGAGAAAAAUGUGUUCUCAAGGCUCGCCAAGCCUCAUGAAAGCACCAAACAGCACAGCAAAUUCCCUGUGAAGGACUUAACUGAGACGUCAACAUCAGGAAGCAAGCUUCCAACUAGAACUCAGAGAGGCUCCAACAAAGCAAAGCCCAAAAUCCAACCAGAAUCGCCAGCAUCUGAGGAUUCAACCCUCAACACAUUUAAAGAGUCCGCUGUGAAUCUUAAAGAGACAGUCCCUGCUGAUAUUGUGAAGGACAGUGACUGUAAGUCUGCAGAGAAACACAUUAAAAUCACAGAAAAGCAAACUAAACCUGCUGCAACUACUCUGGAAGAAGACGUUACAGAUGGGCAAAUUUUAGAAAUCCAAUCUGGGGAAGUCAGCGAUUCAAGAAUUACAGGCCAUUCUCAGAUCAUUACCCAUACAGUAACUGACGUGGACCAAGAAAUCUCAGCUCAGUCACUGGUUGCUGAUGUUAAUGAUGCAGAAACUGAUGACCAAAAGCUGGAGGCCAAACAACCAAAGCCUAUAAAUCAGAAAGAUGACAAACAUAGACAGAAAACGCUGCCAUCUUUUAAAACCUUUACCACAGCUAAAGCCAAAGACGUUUUCGAAGAUCCAUCAGGCAAGACAAAAUCAAAAUUCACCAAAGCGAAAAGCCUUCCAGUUAUGGUUUCAGACAUUAAACCAACUCCUACGGAUAUAACCCUUAAAUCAGCCAAACCCGAGCUGGAUGAAGGCAGUCAUUAUGACAUAACACAUGCUGAUCAGGAGGGAGUUAUGUCUUCAUUGCAAACUAGAAAGAUUCUUCCUGCUGAACUGGUCUCUGAUGACAAGUGUACCAAACCAGAUGAUGUACACUUACACAUUCUCACUGUAGGAUCGGAUGGCGUCAACUCAGGGGACUUCUUGGAGAAUCAAACCGAAGCUGUAAAUAAUGGAGUGUCCCACACAAUAACCAUGGAAGCAGCAAAAGGUUUUGAGGAGGUUGGCUGCAAACCAGCUGAGGCUUUGGCUGUAGAAACAGGGACCGUGACUGUUUGUGAAUUGCCCAAGAAUGUUGAAAAUCAGUCAAACAAAGAGGCUCUUUUAGGAGAAUCUGGAAGCAGGGAGAAAGACUCAAAGCCAGAUGAAAUGCUUAAUCACGAUGUGGUAGAAAGCUCUGAGUCAAAAAACAGUGGUAAAGAGAAGCUCAAAGAAAGAUCUAAGGACUUUGCAGGAGGAGGAGUUACAGAUUCACGGAAAACAGCCCAUCUCUCAUCAGAAGAGAAAAGCUUGCAGCCUGAAGCCAAAAAGAAACGACAGACAGCUUUUACAAAUGUCCUGAAAGGGAGGAGGAGCAAGAGUGAGGAAUCAGAGAGGAUAAUACUCGAAAAUACAGCGAGUGUGAUUGACACAAAACAGAAGAUCGUUAUACAAGAAGCUUCCAAGAGUGACUCUAGGAAUGCAAAGAGAUCAAAGGAGCAAAAGAAGGAAUCAUUGGGGACAAUUAAACUGGAAACCAAGGCACUGAUAACCAAAAAAGAAGAUAUUAAAGAUGAAAGAAGUCUACAAUGCAAAGAUGGCAAUGUUGUAAAGGAAGAACCAAGUCCUGAAGUAUCGACUGGUGACAGAAAAAUUGUAAAGACUGAAUCUGAAGAGGGAACCAAAGAAAAAGAGAAGAUCAAACCCAACAAAGAGCAAACUAUGAAUGAUAAAACAACUGAAGGAAAUGCUCAGACAUCAGCAGAAUCCAAAACUGGAACAGAAGAUGGAAAUAUGAUGAACCGAGACAGGUAUGAAAAUCAUAUAUCAGAUAAUGAGCUAAAGAUUGCAAGAACUGAAGAUGAAAAGGCAAGUGAGACUCAAAAAUGUUCUACUGCUGUAAAACCACCUGUAGUGUGCACUCACAUAAAAGAAGAAGUAAAAUCUGAAGCCAAGCAGAUCUCAGAGGGCUGUGGGAAAGACAUCAGAACUGACAACAGUGAGGAUAGCAAGCAAAAGGUUCAGAUGACUGUAACUGCUCUUGACCAGGAUGUAAAAUCAAUUAACCACCAAGAGGCUCAGAUGAUCAUAAUGGCUGGAGAGUCAAAGUCUGAAAUGAACGAUUUAUCAUUGCAAAGUUUGUCAAAUGAGACAGAAACCCCAGGAGCUAUUAAAAAAGAUAGCCACCAACAGGUCCAAACAACAGAAACUGUUGAUGCCAAAGAUGGAAAAUCAUCAGAAUCUGAACAUCUUAAGCCUGAAAAUGAUAACCUCUCACCGCAAGUUAUUGUAAACGAGCCAGCAGUUCCAGAUCAUACCAGUGAAAUUAGCAGCAAAGAGGUUGAGAAGCCUAUAACUGUUGGUGACCAUGAUGAAAAAUCAUCAGAAUCACAUCUAAAGCCUGGAAAUGCUAACCUUCCGCUGCAAAUUAUUGUAAACGAGACAUCAGCUUCCGAUGAUACCAGUGAAAUUAGCAGCAAAGAGGUCGAGAAGCCCAUAACUGUUGGUGACCAUGAUGAAAAAUCAUCAGAAUCACAUCUAAAGCCUGGAAAUGCUAACCUUCCGCUGCAAAUUAUUGUAAACGAGACAUCAGCUUCCGAUGAUACCAGUGAAAUUAGCAGCAAAGAGGUCGAGAAGCCCAUAACUGUUGUUGGCAAUGGUGUAAAAUCAACAGAAUCUGAACAUCUAAAAACCGACAUAUCUGUUUCAUCCUUGCAAAGUCUAAUAAAUGAGACAGAACAUCUGACUCAUACAAGCAAAAUCGGCAGUCAACAGGUCAAGAUAACAACUAGUGUUGGUGAACAAGAUGGAAAAUCAAUAGAAACUGAAGUUCCAAAAUCUGGCAUAAGCCAGGCGCCAAGAACAGAAGCCACUGAGGCCACAACAACAAGCCAGAUUAAAGAAAUACCAAUACCAGACUCCGUAAGUCACAGUGCUGAAAUAACUAGAGAUGACUCUAAAACAAAGGACACUUUGUCAGAAAGUUCGACAAGUGAAUCAGUAACUGCUGACACAAGUAGUGGCACUGAAAAUCUCCAAGAGCUCAACUCCAUAAUUGAUAGAGACCAAGAUGCAGUCAAAACAAAACAAAUCGAAGAUGUAGUAGGAUCAGAACUUAUAAGUCAAGAAUCCAAAAAACAACCAGAUGCAGACAUUAAAGAGCAGCAACAGGAUAAAAAUGACACCCAAGUUGCUCACUCUGUAUGCAGUACCGCCGAAGUUGGAGGUUUGGCGAAUGAAACCGCAGAAGAUUUUCAGGAGUCCAACACUGAUAUAAAACAAGAAAGAGAAAUGAGAAAAUCACCUGAGGACUCCAAAGACUCCAACACAGACCUCAAAUUAAGACCAGAGACGGUGGUAGAAGAUGCUUCAAAAGAGAUGAGAGAAACUCAAAUCCAUGAGGUCAAUAUUACAACCGCCAGGGCUGAAGGUGCCAAAGGAGCUAAAGACAAGACUACAAGUAAUGACCAAUCAAAUGGCAGUUUGGUUAAGGAGUCAGUGAAUGUAAAUAGCACAGGCAAACUCGAAAUUAAGAAAGACACAAAGUCCACUGAUAACAGUGACCCAGAUACAAGUUUAACAAAACCAGACCAAGAAAAGUCAACAUGGUCUGAGCCAGAGAUGGCAAUAAAGGAAGUUCAAGAGAAACAAAUAAAAAGGCAUGCCAUUGAUGCAACCCAAGAUCCCGAUGAUCUACCCUCAUGCAAUGAUGGAAAAGAAAAAACAGAAGUUCAGCAUUUAUCUUCAGAAACUUUGUUGAGUGAAACAGCAGCUCUGAAACAUGUCAGUGAAGUUUGCAACAAAGAGGUCCAGAAGUCGCAAAGUAUUAGUGAAAAAGAUGACAAUUUACCAAAGCCAGUUCAAGAAUCGAAAAGUUCAAAAGCUGAUCUUAAACUGAAAGAAAGUGCAGAAAUAAUUCAAACUCUUAACCAGACAACGGAAAGCCAGAUUUCCAGACUUGAGAGACCAAGUUCUGAAGGAGCUAAAGAAGCAUCAGAAGACCAGAAUGUAUCAGCAUCUGAGAACACCUGUGGUAAACCUGAAAUUAAUAAUGACUCAGGGUCGGUAAUCCUUCGAGACCAAAACACCAACAUUAAAAAACUAGAAACCGAUACAUCAGCAAAGACUCUAAGUCAAAAAGAAAAAUCCAAACAAGGACUAGGGACUAUAAUGACUGAAGAUGGCAGGAAGGCAACUGGGCUGGAGCACGAGAUUCAAGGUCAUAUCAGCACAGAAGAUCCUAAAGUUGACUAUGAAGCUAAGGUAAAGGAUGUAGAAUUAGCAGCUGCAGAAGAGGCCCAGAAGUCCUCAGCUGCUGCAAAACAAAAUGCAUUCACAACACCAACUCAAGACAAGUCAGCACAACCUGGAGACACAAAUACAGACCCAAAAGAGAAACUGGAGUCAGUAAAAACAGGAGACUCAAAGGCUGAAAUUCAGAUGCUGGGUGCCACAAGUGACGGCUGUCAGAUUGAUGAGCCUUCUAAAGAAAAAACUCAACCAAUGAAGCCAUCAGCAGAUUGUUUGGCGAAGAAUCUUGAAAUUCACAAAGCAGGAGCUCAAAAGGACCAGAGUAUCUCAAUGGUCAAAGAUGACAAAGUUAAGAUUACAGCAAACUUCGAUUCCAAAGCUGUCGAUGAUACUGGAGCAAAAGAAGUUCAGGAGAAGACAGCUAAUGCAGCGGAAAAUAAAGCCAGUUUGUCUGAUGCUAAACAGGAACAGAAUGUAAACACCAGUGCUUUGGUACAAAAUCUACCAAACACAAGCAUUUGGGAAGACCAAAAGGAAGCACACUCUGUUGGUUCGUUUCAAGUAGCCCGUGGUUAUGAUGCUCUGAACUAUGUUGAGGUGUUUGAGGAGAGAACUCAAAAGCCUGAGUCAGUUCCAGUAAUGUCCACUACGGGUUACGGUUUGAAUCAGGGGGCACGAGAGACUUCAAAAAAAGAAACAACCCAAAACCUACAUUUCGACAACACUUUCUCUUCAGGAAAGGUAUCGCUUCCACCGAAACAGAAUCCAUCUGCUUGGUUGGACGUGGAAGACCGUCACAAAAAGAAAAAGGGACGUAGAAGGAAUUUAGACGAGUCAGCAAGCGAAGAUGAAUUACUUGAGCCAGAUGAAGUUGAUGAUUUUAUCAGCAGUGUCAGGGAAGGGGGAAUCCCAUUUGCACUACCUCGAAAGAGACAUAUCCGUAAAAAACUUCCAUCUCCACCUUUUGUCCUGCCAGCCAUCAAGGAGGACCACUUCGAGCGCACAUUUGAUCCCCAGGAAUUCCAGUUCGGCUUGAGAAAAAAUGGCCGCCGUAUGGACCUUUCCCCAGCGAUGGUAAUUAAACAAAAAGCCGCCAACAGGGAUGGUCGAACUUCUAAUUCUCAAGAGGAUGGCACCUCGGCGGAUCAACUGACAACUCAAAAGGUGGAAGGACAAGAUGGGGUCAAAGAGGAGACUCCAGCAGAAACAGGAAAACCAGAGGGGCAAAACAAUGAGCCGGGGAAAGUGACGUCAAGACUCGAGAGGAUGUCGAUCCUCACAGACUUGCUAAGCUUCUCUCGGACCUCCAGGAAGGCAAGAACGGACGCUUCCUUUGACUCAAACAGCAGCACAGACUUAUCUAACCAUCAGCAAGCGGUUCCGUCAGACGGACCACAGGGAACUGCUGCCUCGCCUCCCUCUGCUGCCCCUGCUGAUAAUGGGGGUGAGAAAGGUACAGCUCAAAGCCUGAUUACACAAGGUGGAACAGAUGCAGUUAGUGAGUCAGCACAUGGCCCCUCCUCCGCUCCUCCUCUGCCGGCUUUCUCGGAGAUAAAGCUGCCUGAUCAUUUAGAGAAAUACCUCAAGAAAGACAAAACAGAGCCAGACGUCCCCCAGGACUCUACACAGACAGCUGACCUGACCCCUCCUGUCAUGGACCAGAUGUCAAUUACCAACAUAUCUGUUGUGGACGUGGGCCAGAAGAACCCCACAGUUCUGCCUUCUACCACAAACUCCACCCAUGAGAAGUCUCAAAACAGGCAUCGUACAACAAAAACCAAGGAACCUGUAGUUAGAGGACACCACCGAAGGCCUGGAAAGAUUGUCCUACACCAACAUGCUCAGUUUGGUGGCGAGGCAUAUGAGGUCUACGGUGAUGUAGAAGAUUCCACCACGAUGAAGCUGUCUCCUGUGAUAUCGGUCAAAGUCAUCAGAGGAUGCUGGCUUCUCUAUGAAAAGCCUGGCUUCCAAGGCCGUAUCCUUGCGCUGGAGGAAGGUCCCAUGGAGGAGAUAGUCAACAUGUGGGCAGAAGAAGGAACUCCAGAGACCCAAAACAAAUUGGGUCAGCCUGUUCCAACCGCACCAAUGGUUAUAGGUUCCCUUCGGCUGGCAGUCAGAGAUUACAGCAUCCCUAGGAUUGACCUGUACUCAGAGGUGAACGGGUUAGGGAGGAUGACGUCUUACUGCGAUGACACACCAGAGCUCAGCUCCUUUGGGAUCCCACAGACCACCGGCUCUAUUAAGAUCCACUCUGGAGUGUGGUUGGUGUACUCUGAUCCAGGAUUUAACGGGAUGCUCGAAGUGCUGAUGGCUGGAGAGUAUCCUCACCCACAGAGCUGGGGUUUCCCUGAGCCUUUCAUUGGCUCUCUCAGACCUCUCCGAAUGGGAGCAAUAAGGGUGGAGAAUCCGACUGUCGUUAAGGCUCUUGUCUAUGAGAAGCCAAACUUUGAUGGAGAGUGUUUGGAGCUGGACGGUGAUGUCGACAACUUGCUGGAGCAACAAACGGAAAAAGGCGGGAAGAACACAACUCUUUGUUCAGUGGGCUCCAUAAAGAUACUGGGUGGUCUCUGGGUCGGUUAUCAGGAAGAAGACUUUGAAGGCCAGCAGUACAUCCUGGAGGAGGGCGAGUAUCCUCAGUGCAGUGAGUGGGGAGGAGCUGAGGACGGGCUGCUGUCACUGCGGCCUGUACUCGCAGAUUUCCAGUCCCCCCACCUGAAGCUGUUCAGCGAGCCCAACUUCAACGAACGCUCGGUCCGUGUGGACUUGGUGGGUCCUGUCAUCAGCAUGGAGGACGUCGGCCACAGCACCAAAACGCAGUCAGCCACCGUCACAGCAGGAGUCUGGGUGGCGUUUGCAGAGCCUGGAUUCUGCGGUGAGCUCUACGUUCUGGAGAAAGGCCUGUACUCCAACCCGGAGGACUGGGGAGCAAAGAACUUCAGGAUUUCAUCCAUACAGCCCAUCUUCCAUGACAUGCUGAUUGGAGCUACAAAAUUUAAGGUCCAGCUGUACUCCGAACCAGACUUUCAGGGAAGGCUGCUGGCCCUGGAGGACAGUGCCGACGCUCUGGAUGGGGACUUCACAGCCAGGUCCUGUAAAGUCCUGGCAGGCAGGUACUGGGUGGUAUAUGAGGGAGCCAAGUUCAAUGGGAACAUGUACAUCCUGGAGGAAGGAGAGUACCCCAACGCGGAGGCGAUGGGCCUCAUGUCGUCAGACUCUGUCAUUCGAUCAGUGCAGACAACUGGACAUGAGUUGUCCCUGCCCUCCGUCCUCUUGUUCAGUAAAGUGGAUUGCAGAGGCCGCAGGAUGCCUUUGACAAGGAGUGCCGUAAACCUGCAGCAGACCGGCAUGGUUGCACGCAUACGCUCCCUGGUGGUGGAGGGAGGAAUGUGGGUGCUAUAUGAGGGCAACAACUACAGAGGGCAACAGCUGCUUGUCUAUCCAGGUGAAGUGGCCGACUUUUGCAAGUUCAGCAGCUGGCAGCGAAUAGGAUCCCUCCGUCCGCUGAUGCAGAAAUCGAUGUACUUCCGUCUACGCCACAAGGAGACGGGAUGUUUGAUGUCUCUGACUGGAACGCUGGAUGACAUCAAACUGAUGAGGGUCCAGGCCGUGGAGGAGACUGGAGGAGAAGAGCAGCUCUGGCUCUAUCGGGAGGGACAAAUAUCCUGCAAGGUGAUGGAGGAAUGCUUCCUGGAGACGGCGGGUAACGUGCUGAUGUCAGGUACCCGACUUUGCAUCUCUCCAGAUCGAGGCAAAGACAGUCAGCGGUGGAGUAUCACACGCGACGGACUGGUUCGCUGCAACCUCGAUGCUAAUCUCAUCCUGGAAGUGAAAGGCGGUCAUCAGUUCGACAAGAACCAGAUCAUCCUGAACAACUUAACUCAAAACAAGCGAAUCCAACGGUGGACUUUAGAGAUCCUGUGAUCUGAGGAGGACCAAACAAUUAACCGGCUCUUUUUUGUUGUUUUUUUUCCAUUUAUUUUUUAAUGCAAAUCUGAUGUUGAUAUGUUCACCUGCUCCCUCUUGUAGAGGAAAACUAUGAGCGGGUGUUUGCAGUUUAGAACAUAUAAAAUACAGAAAAAUAUGCCAUUCUUUUUAAAAUCAUCUGAAAAAAAAAAACAACAACUUUGUACCAAAGACUUCACGUUUUCUCUUCAUGCAGUGAAAACUCUGCCCUGUUUCCAUGCUGCAAACCUUUCUUCACCUUGUGGUACUUCUUAUUACAUGUUUCAACAGUCUCUCGUUUUCAAGCAAAAGUGAAUGUAUGCAACCUAUUUUCUGAUGCUGCUGAAGGUCCGACAGGCCUACUCUCCACAAAUGUGUCCCCUGUGUUGAUCAAAAUGAUCUUAAGUAAAGUUUUGAUGUCUUUUGGGGACUUUUCAGGUUUGGACACAAACUGUGCCCUUUCACUACCUUGUACAUAAUGUGUGUUGAAUGUACAGCUUGAUUUAAGUUUUUAACCACAAAUGCAAUAAAUGUUGCCCUCUAGUGGUUGUAAAUAUGUUAGAAAACAUUUGCUGUUUAGGGUUGAUACAAUAAAAAAUAAAGAUGUGAUUUUCCACAAAA